AAUGGCAAAAUUCAGACGGCAGAGAAGCUGUACAUGGACGCAAGGACAAGGGCAGAAUCGUAAUUGAGCCCGGAUGUGAAAAAUUUCCGGCUUCCGAAAUUGCUUUUUCCCACCCAAAAGCAACCGCCAAAAUUCCAAUCCAGAUUCAAAACCUUCACAAAAAAGCAAUAAAUUUCCUCUAUCUUCACUGUUUACACAAUUAUACACACUCAUCUUUAACCUUCCUGCUCCUCUCCUCUUCGUUUUCUCUAUCUAAUCCCGAGUGCUGAAGCUGUAUUGAGAGUAAAAUGGCUGGGAAAGGUGGAAAGGGGCUUGUGGCAGGGAAGACAAUGGCAGCUGCAGCAGCUAACAAGGACAAGGACAAGAAGCGACCUGUCUCCCGGUCAGCUCGUGCUGGCCUCCAGUUUCCUGUGGGAAGGAUUCAUCGCCACCUCAAGUCGAGAACCAAUGCCAAUGGAAGAGUUGGAGCAACAGCAGCGGUCUACUCUGCUGCAAUUCUGGAGUACUUGACUGCUGAAGUGCUUGAGUUGGCUGGAAAUGCCAGCAAAGAUUUAAAAGUGAAGAGGAUAACGCCAAGGCACUUGCAGCUGGCAAUUCGGGGGGAUGAGGAGCUUGACACCCUCAUCAAAGGAACCAUAGCCGGUGGUGGUGUGAUUCCCCACAUUCACAAAUCCCUCAUCAACAAAACCACCAAGGAAUGAAUUACUGUCCCCAACUCUUAAUGUCUAUUUAAUUGAUCCACAGUGAUGCUUUUGUGACAUUGCCUCCAUUUAAUUUAGAUUUGUAUGCUAGGAAUUAGAUUUCAGGUCGUAGUUAAGAACAACCUUUUGAACUGUUUGAUCAUUUGAUGUAGUUUGUUUCUAACUUUAAGUUUGAUCAAGUAUCUGUGCUUUUAGUC